UUUUGGGAGUCACGACGUGUCUAUUCAGCCCGAAGCGUCUCGGGAGAAUCCCCCGCGACUCUGUCAGCGCCUAGGAGAAACGUCAGCGGCCCCCAACUCUCUCCCCAGAGCGACGACGUUGUGGGGGAAUGUUCCUCCCCCCAAAUUUUCGCAGACGUCAAUGGCCCCAGCGGCUUCUUCCCAGACUUUGUCGGUCUGGGGACGAGAGAGAGAAAGAGAGAGAGAGAGAGAGAGAGAGAUUGAAGUUGGUAGUAACUCCGUAGGCACUUGGCGGUCUCAGCCCGGAGAAGUUCCGGGAAUGGCAGUGCCGCAGGUACAGAACGAAUCACAUUCGAAUAGUGUACUCAUAUUGCCGAAGCAGUGGACCUGGGCCUGCUCUAUGGGCAGCGUUUCGCCCUGAUAUAUACCUAGAUCGAGGACUUCGGCCUCUCACCUUAGGACACCAAUCAUGGCCAGAUUUGGCCGAACUUCAAGAUACCGCAUGACUCGGUCUGUCCUGAGACGACAUUGCAUCCUGCUCGUGCAACGCGCUGGCGCGGGGCUGUCUGGCUCACCUCGUAAUCGCAGUAGUGUUAGCAACGAUGACAACGGCGGAGGCGCCGGCUGGCGAAGCGCAUCGUCUAAGCUGCUGGAAGGUGGCGCGACCGCUCUCGGGUCUGUCUUCGUUUUAGGGUUGGCCGGGUACACGUACCACUGGUACUACAAGUCGCUGGUCCUGCGCAAGAUGGAGAAUGCCUUCGCCCCAGGUUACUCAAGCCUUGAGCUGGCCGCUCUCGGUCGUCAACCGGCCCUCGCCGAUCCGCAUUCGAGGUCGGACGUCGGCAACGUCGAAGACGACGAUUGGAUCCCCAGAACCGAGCAGGCCAUCAUCGACGACAUCGUCGACGGAAGCACCCAGGGCCAGUACCAUCUAGUCACUGGAGAAAAGGGCACUGGAAAGACAUCCAUGCUACUCAAGGCCAUGAAGAAGAUCGACGGCGACGGAAUCGCUAUGCUGGAAGCGCACCCGGACCUCGAGAUCUUCCGCGUCCGACUCGGCAAGGCCCUUGACUACGAGUUCCACGAGGACUACAUCGGCAGCCUGUUUAGCUUCAAGGGGCCCCGGGAUACUACGCCACUGCUAGAUAUCGAACGCGCUUUUAACAAGAUGGAGAAGAUCGCGCUUAAGCGUCAAGAAAAGGCGGGAAAGCCCCUGGUUCUCAUUAUCAACGGUAUACAUCUUCUGCAGGACGACGAGGGGGGCCGACACCUCCUGGAGCUGAUCCAGCAGCGGGCAGAGCUCUGGGCGGCGAGCAGUCUCGUGAAUGUCGUGCUUAACAGUGACGAGUAUUGGAUCACGGAACGCCUUAUGAUGCGAGCCACCCGCUUACGAGUUCUCCCCGUGCGCGAUAUUCCGAAAGGUCCUGCCAUCGCGGCGCUAAGGAGUUUUCGAUACGCAGCCUUCCAGGAAGACGUCUCUACGGAUAUCUUAGGGCAAGUCUACGACAAAGUCGGCGGUCGUCUUCGAUUCCUUAGCCAGAUCGCCAAAUCGCCCAAUAUGAUAGAUGCCUGUGAUUCUAUAUGCGAGAAGGAAAAACGCUGGUUCCUAAGCCAAUGCUGGAUUCUGGGGAAGGAGAUGGAUAGCAACGCCGAAGGCCAGCAGGAGUUCUGUGCUGCCGCUAUGGUCAUUGCUAAGGCUCUAGUGGAGAGGGAGGAGGCGAUGGGAGAAGACGAGAAGCGUGACGGCAGGCUUCCGCAGAUCCCACUCCACGAGGCGAGGCAAAUUGUGACGAGGGCGGACUUCAUCCAGCACCACGACCACCUCAACAUCGUCACCAUCGACCCCCACUCCAUGAUGGUGCAGGCCGAUUCUGUCGCCAUGCAGAAUGCCUUUCGGGAGGUCUGCGGUCAGGACGGCUUCGAGGAGCACCUCCAGGCUACCAUCGACCGACUCGACGAGUUAGAGAGUCUGGGGCGGACCAGAGAGCUGACAAUCAAGGAUCUUUGGGGCAACGGUGCGUAUCGAGCUGUCGUCGAGAGGCAGGAGGGAAGGCAGAACACCGUCGUAUCCCUAAGAGCAAUCCCACCAAAGGCAGAUAAGGCCCAAGCAUGACUGAGUAGAAGCCUCGAUACCCUGUCGAAAAUCGAAUGGUGCAAUAUUCCGUUCCCCUUCACGGAAAAAAGUGCCUGCAUACACAAUCCUCCUUGGUGAUU